CUCUUGCUGCCGCCUCGGUCGCUAUGGGGGCGCAGGACCGGCCGCAAUGCCACUUCGACAUCGAAAUCAACCGGGAGCCGGUUGGUCGAAUUAUGUUUCAGCUCUUUUCAGAUAUAUGUCCAAAAACAUGCAAAAACUUCCUUUGCCUAUGCUCAGGAGAGAAAGGCUUUGGGAAAACAACUGGGAAGAAGUUAUGUUAUAAAGGUUCUACAUUCCAUCGUGUGGUUAAAAACUUUAUGAUUCAGGGUGGGGACUUCAGUGAAGGUAAUGGAAAAGGUGGAGAAUCAAUUUAUGGUGGUUAUUUUAAAGAGAAUGUGGUCUUUUGCAAAAUGAAAAGGUAAGAGAACGAAGCUCAGUAACACAAACUCCAACUCUUUUCCCUUGCACCCUUCCUAAUAAAUUUAUGGAGAGUCUGGGUCAGGUUGUGACUGGAUUUCUUAUAUUGCUUGAAGACUUGGAAAACUCUGUAUACUAUUUCAUACAUGCAUCUGUAUCUUUUUUUCUUUUUCCAAUGGGUUAUUAUUUCCACAUCAGGGUAAAGAGUCUAGUUUUUUUUGUUUUUGUUUUUUUUCUUUUCCCCUCUAAGCCAAACAGUGUCUUUGAAUAAAAGUUGGUAUCUCUUCCUUUCUCAAAGGUUUGUAUGUUUUCUUUUGUAUACUAGAACUGAUUGUAUUUUAUUCCUACAGUAGUAUUUGCAUAAAUCUAACUAUUACACUUGCCCCAAAAAGCCUUAGAAAAGUCAGUUGCAGAAAUUUAUAAUGGGAUCCAGUAUUACUAGGUUUUAAUGCCAUGAUAGCUUCAGUGUUAUAAUAGUCUUUUAUAUUUCUUUUGGGGGAAAAUGGAUUACUACUCUUUUUCAGAAGCCUGUUCCCAAGGUAAUCUUUUUUUUGUUUUUGUUUUUUAAGUUUUCUGUGUUUCUGUUUGUUUAAAAGAAAGAUUUGUUUGUAUGAAUGUUAAAAGGAAACUUACAUUAGUUUUCAGGAUAUUUCUGCUGGAAUUAAAUCCAUUUCUAAGUGAUCUUUAUGACAGAGGAUUUCCUUUGAACUAGUAUCGAACAGCUCUUUAGCUGAUUCCAUUAGCAUGUAGCAAUUUGAAAUUAAUACUGUAGGCCACUUUAAGGUGGUUGUUGCCUGUGGCAGAUACUUGUAUGUAUAUCUUAAAAUUGAAUCUUGCCAUUUAAAUUUUUGUAUUUACAGGGCUUUCUUCCUUAGAUAGUUUUUGAUCCUAUUGGUUAGAAUCUACAUACUUGAUUUAAUUUAGGCAUGUCUCUAAACUUACUGUAAUAUUUUGGUUAGGGUUGGUUUCAUCAUCUAGCAACAAUUUGAUUGAGUAAUAAAUUUACCAUAUAGAAAUUAAGCACAUAAGAGGAUUAUUAAAGCUCCCAUGAAUGGUGCAUUAUUCAGGGUGAUUGGAAACUUGGAAGAAACGAGCUCUACUAUAAAGAUUUUUUUUUUAUUUUCUUGGUAGUUUUCCCUGAAAGUUAAUAGUUUAAAUAUCAUUUAGCCAAAGUCUGUUGCUCUAAAAGUGACUGUUCUAAGGCUGUUUGUAUAAAGUAUUAAAUAUAUGUUCUUUUUCUCAAGGCUAAGUAGUAAAUAAGUCGUAUCUGGGUUUUUUUUUUUUUCUUUUUUUAUGUUUUUGUUAUUUGAUUAGUUAAAAGAACUUCGAAAUAGUCAAGUAUCUGUACUGACCAGAAGAGGAAUUUCAUCCUUUGCUUUCUAUUUACUACUUUGAACAUUACACGUUAAAAGUGGCUUAUAAUUGGAGACUGACAAAUUUGUGUUUUCUUCAAACAGAUGAAAACUUUAUUCUCAAACAUGACAGAGCGUUCCUUUUGUCAAUGGCAAAUCGAGGGAAACAUACCAAUGGUUCCCAGUUUUUCAUUACCACAAAACCUGCUCCACACCUGGAUGGGGUGCAUGUUGUCUUUGGACUAGUUAUUUCUGGUUUUGAAGUAAUCGAACAAAUUGAAAAUCUGAAAACUGAUGCUGCAAGUAGACCUUAUGCAGAUGUACGAGUUAUUGACUGCGGGGUUCUUGCCACAAAGUCAACAAAAGACGUUUUUGAGAAAAAAAGGAAGAAGCCAACUCAUUCAGAAGUCUCGGAUUCCUCUUCCAAUUCCUCAUCCUCUUCAGAAUCAUCUUCAGAAAGUGAAAUUGAACAUGAGAAAAGCAGAAGAAGGAAACAUAAGAGGAGACCGAAAGUUAAACACUCUAAAAAGAGGCGAAAGGAAGCAAGCAGUUCAGAAGAGCCAAGGAGUAAACAUAUAAUAAGCCCAAAAGGUCACUCUGAGAGGAGUGAUACCAAUGAAAAAAGAUCUAUUGAUUCAAAUGCUAAAAGGGAAAAGCCUGUGGUCCGCCCAGAAGAGAUUCCUCCAGUGCCCGAGAACCGAUUUUUACUGAGAAGAGAUAUGCCUCUUGUCACAGUGGAGCCUGAACCGAAAAUUCCUGAUGUUACACCCAUUGUAAGUGACCAAAAACCAUCUGUGUCAAAGUCUGGACGGAAGAUUAAAGGAAGGGGCACAAUUCGCUAUCACACACCUCCAAGAUCAAGAUCCUGUUCUGAAUCAGAUGAUGAUGAUAGCAGUGAAACUCCUCCUCACUGGAAAGAAGAAAUGCAGAGAUUAAGAGCAUAUAGACCACCUAGUGGAGAAAAAUGGAGUAAAGGAGAUAAGUUAAGUGACCCCUGUUCAAGCCGAUGGGAUGAAAGGAGCUUAUCCCAGAGAUCCCGAUCGUGGUCCUAUAAUGGAUAUUAUUCAGAUCUGAGCACAGCAAGACACUCUGAUGGUCACCAUAAAAAACACAGAAAAGAGAAAAAGGUUAAGCAUAAGAAGAAAGCUAAAAAGCAGAAACAUUGCAGAAGGCACAAACAGACUAAGAAGAGAAGGAUUAUUGUACCGUCUGACAUAGAAUCCUUAAAAUCUUCAACCCGACGAGUGAAAUCCUCAUGUGAUAGAGAAAGGAGAUCUCAUACUUCCUCGUCAUCAUCUCAUCACUCUUCCAAGAGGGAUUGGUCUAAAUCUGAUAAGGAUGACCAGAGCUCUUCAACCCAUUCCAGCAGAGACUCAUACAGAUCAAAAUCUCACUCGCAGUCUUAUUCUAGAGGAAGCUCAAGAUCAAGGACUGCCUCAAAAUCUUCAUCACAUUCUCGAAGUAGAUCAAAGUCCAGAUCUAGUUCUAAGUUGGGGCACCAAAGAACAGCAUCAAAAUCACCAAGAAGAACAGCCUCUCAGUUAAGUGAAAAUAAACCUGUUAAAACAGAACCUUUAAGAGCAACAGUGACACAAAAUGAAAGUGUUGUAGUACAACCCGUGGUGGCAGAAAAUAUUCCUGUUAUACCACUGAGCGACAGCCCCCCUCCUUCAAGGUGGAAGCCUGGGCAGAAGCCCUGGAAGCCCUCUUAUGAGCGAAUCCAGGAAAUGAAAGCUAAAACAACCCAUUUGCUGCCCAUCCAAAGCACUUAUAGUUUAGCAAAUAUUAAAGAGACUGGUAGUUCAUCGUCCUACCAUAAAAGAGAAAAAAAUUCAGAAAGUGAUCGUAGUGCUUAUUCAAAAUACAGUGAUAGAAGUUCAGAAAGUUCACCAAGAUCAAGGAGCAGAUCUUCUAGAUCUUAUUCCAGAUCAUACACAAGGUCUCGAAGUUCAGCUAGUUCACAUUCACGGUCUAGGUCUCCCUCAUCUAGAUCUCAUUCACGAAAUAAAUACAGUGACCAUUCACGGUGUAGUAGAUCAUCUUCGUACUCUUCUGUUAGCAGUGAUGAUGGAAGACGAGCCAAGAGAAAAUUUAGAUCCAGUGGGAAAAAAAGUUACACCUCAAAUAGAAGGCACAGCAGCAGCUCUGAAAAAGCACUUCGUAACAGAUAUGUCAAAGGCAGAGACAAGUCUUCAUGUCAUAGAAAGUACAGUGAAAGCAGAUCAUCUUUAGAUUACUCUUCAGACAGUGAACAGUCAAGUGUUCAGGUUACGCAGUCAGCCCAGGAGAAGCAAGUCCAAAUGGAAGUGAAUAAUAAACAGGAGAAAAACAGAGAUGAAGAGAAAUCUAAGCCUGAACGGGAAUGGCCUCGUUCAAAAAAAAGAACUUUGAAAGAAAAUCUUUCUGAUCACUUUAGAAAUAGCAGUAAGCCCAAAAGGAAGAAUUACGCUGGGAGUAAAUGGGACUCUGAGUCAAAUUCUGAACGAGAUGUAACUAAAAACAAUAAAAGUAGUCCCCGGCCAUCUUCUGAUAAGGAGGAAGGUGAGGCCACUUCGGAUUCUGAGUCAGAGUCUGGUGAAAUUCACAUCAAAGCUAAACCCACAACUAAGUCUUCAGCAAAUACUUUACUGCCUGAUGGUAACAGUGCCUGGAAAUCAAGCAAACAGCGCUCCUCAACCUCUGAUUCUGAGGGAUUCUAUUCCAAUUCAGAAAACACUAGAGGAAAGCCACGUAAGCAUCAACACAGCUCAAAGGAGAAUAUUAAAAGGGAACACACCAAAAAAGCAAAAGAGAAAUUAAAAGGAAAAAAAGAUAAAAAGCACAAGACUCCAAAACGAAAACAAGCAUUUCACUGGCAGCCUCCGCUAGAAUUUGGUGAAGAGGAGGAGGAGGAGAUUAAUGAAAAGCAAGUUACUCAGGAGGCAAAAGAGAAAAAACAAGUUUCUAAAAAUAGUGAAACCAUAAAAGAAAAUAUUCCCCAAACCAAGAAGCCUUGUGAAGACGACAGCCUUUCAGGUAAACAUAGCACAAUAGUUUCAUCAGAUAUUGAUCAGCCUACUAAAGAUGAUGUUAAACUCAGCAUUUCUCCUGUUACUGUAAACACUGAUGAAAAUGUAGUCAGUUCUCCUCCAAACAUUCAGCAGAUUGAAGAGAGCAUCCCAAGUGGAGCAGAGGAUAUGCUUCAAGCAGAUGACAACAUGGAGAUUUGCACUCCUGAUCGGAGCUCCCCAGCAAAGGCCGAGGGGGCUUCCCCUCUAGGAAAUUCAAGGCUUGAUGCCCCGGAUAUAAGCAUUGUUCUAAAGCAGGAUAUGCCAGCAGAGUGUCCUGAGGCAAAGUCGAGAAAACAGGAAAGCAGCAUGUCAGAAAUCAAAGUGGUGGGUGAGAUGGGAAAACAGGAUAGCGGCUCUUCCAGCUUGGCCAGUGCUGCAGAAAGUGCCAUAAAGAAAGAGGCAGCUGAGAAAAGUCAGACCAGCCUCAUGGAUAAUAAAUGGAAGCCCUUACAAGGUGUGGGGAACCUUGCAGCACCAUCUGCUACCACAUCCAGUGCCACGGACAUUAAGGCAUUGACUGCUGUGCCUGAAGUGAAACCACAGGGUUUGAGAAUAGAAAUUAAAAGCAAAAAUAAAGUUCGGCCUGGGUCUCUCUUUGAUGAAGUUAGAAAGACGGCACGCUUAAACCGGAGGCCAAGAAAUCAAGAGAGUUCAAGUGAUGAGCAGACACCUAGUCGAGAUGGUGAUAGCCAGUCCAGGAGUCCAAGUAGAUCUAGAAGUAAGUCUGAGACCAAAUCAAGACACAGAACACGGUCUGUCUCCUAUAGUCACUCAAGAAGUCGAUCGAGAAGUUCCACAUCAUCUUAUCGAUCAAGAAGCUACUCUAGAAGUCGGAGCAGAGGGUGGUACAGCAGAGGCCGCACAAGGAGCCGGAGCAGCUCCUACCGCAGUUACAAGAGUCACAGAACAUCCAGCAGGAGCAGAUCCAGGAGCAGCUCCUAUGAUCCCCGCAGUCGGUCCAGCAGGUCUUACACUUACGAUAGCUACUAUAGCAGGAGUCGGAGCCGAAGUAGAAGCCAGAGGAGUGACAGUUAUCACCGAGGCAGAAGCUACAAUAGGCGAUCCAGGAGUUGUAGAUCUUAUGGCUCUGACAGUGAAAGUGACCGAAGUUACUCUCAUCACCGAAGUCCCAGUGAAAGCAGCAGAUAUAGUUGAAAGUGUCCCCCUUUUUUUAUACAAAUUAUAUCUUAUGUGUAAAUAUCUGAUAACUUAAAAUUUUAGGAAACUCAAUGGCAGUCUGUUGUUCUAUUUCAGUAUUAGAGAUGAAUUUGAAAAAUAGACACUUCUUAAUUGUUAACAUGUGCAUAGAAUUUAAAAUACAGAUAUGUCUCCUAAAAUAUUUGUAUGCCACAUUUUACAAUAGCCAACUAUGGAAAUUAAUUUCUUUUUCUUGAAUCAAGAAAUCAUGAAAUUUAAGUAUAAUUUGCAAUAUUAUUUUAGAUUAUUUGUCUCAUGUAUUUCUUAGAAUACAGAUUCUUUUUGCCCAUUUUUAAGGUUUUAGCAUCUAUGCUGCCCAAGCAUAGAACUGAAGGAGAACUGUGAAAGGUGGCCGAAUACUUCCAUACCAAUUACACAGUCUUAUUCAUGUGUGCUCUUAAAAACAAACCACCCAAAAUUGAUACUGAUGGUAACCAGGAGUAUAAGGCAGUGGCUCCUUUCUUCUUUGUUGUCUCAGAGGAUCAAGAACGUGGUCAUAAUACAGCCCACUGUCUUAUUUCAGGCUGGUGGGUGAGGUUAAAAGGAAUAGAUCAGCCUUAACUAUAAAUAUCUGCACUGUCUCUGUAGCCCUAAUGUUUCAUGUGCUUUUUUAAUAAAUACUAUUAGGAGUUCAGUUGGUUUUAAAAAAAAAGUUCUAUUCCAGUUUAUGCUCUGGUGCUUGGUAACUUUUGGUGCAUUAUUCUUAUAUACUAUACAUUAGAAUUCCAUCAGAAGAGAGAAAUUUUUUAAAAAUUCAUUGGCACCAAGUAGGGUUCAUUGUAAGCUAUAUUCACUUUAACUAUUUGGAGAGCCUUCUCUAAAGCACAGGUGUGGACUGGGGGACAUGGAGCAGGCAGGAUUGGCACAGGGUUGUGUGACCACUUGGGUAUGCUCCCCAGGACUGAUGCCUGGAAGAGCUGAAUGGAGACUGGGCUUCAAAAGUAACACUAAGAUCUACCUGCCGCCAUUUUGGACACAUUUUCCAGGGCUUUGCUUUUAAGCCUUUCAAGUAAGAGAUGUAAGAGCAGUUGAACUGUUCUUAGCACCCGCCAGCAUGUUUCCCUGUUUCAGUGGCCUGCAGUGAUGCAGUGAAACCUUGUGUGAGAUUGGUAAACCUAUGACAACAGACAGGAAAUCAGGGUGUGCAGUAUUGCAUAGAUUACAUUAUAUUCAUUAUACAUUAUAUUCAGUGUCUUGGGUGGUUCCUGUAAAAAUGAUUUGACCUAUAAAAACUGGUGAGAUUUUGGGUUUUUUAAUCUUUAGUUUGAUCUUUUCCCCCAAGUGUACUUAAUCACCUUAGUGCCAGUUUUAUCCAGUUAUGCAGAAGAAAUUCAUAUUGGAUAUUUGAUGCAGAACUUUGUGCCAUCCUACCCCUUGCCUGCUAUACUUGGGAAGUGGGAAAGAACCCUCAGUUGAAGGGAUCUGACUACCCCUGAUGGAUGGAGGGGUGACCUUGGAUGUAUUAAAACCAUCACCUAUUAAAGGUUCAUAAACAGGGUUAAGUGGCCAAUUGUUUGCCAAAUUGAUAGAUGAGAGUACAUUAGAAAGUAGGACCUGACUCAAGCAAACACUUGAUAGUGAAUAUAAAACAAUGUGUGAUUCAUAUGAGCAUUCUCAAAAGUUGCCUGCAGAGGAGAAUAUUGCUUUAAUAAUAUUCAGUGGAAAAAACUGCAUUUAGAACUCAAACCAAAACUGCUAAAUCUAAUUACAUUAAGAAAAGUUACCUUUAGGCAGUGUAUUAGUUUUCUAUUGCUGUAUAACAAAUUUUCCCAAACUUAGCAGCUUAAAGCAAUACUUAUUUCUUAGCUUACAGUUCUGUAGCUCAUGAGUCCAGCGUGAUAUGGCUGGAUUCUCUGCUCAGGGUCUCACAAGGCUGAAAUCAAGGGUCAGCAGGGCGGCAUGUGGAGGCUCUGGGGAAGAAUCUGCUUCCAGGUUAAUUCAGGUUGUUGGCAGUAUUGAGUUCCUUGCUGACUGUCAAACGGGGGUCCUCUCUGUUGGCUCCUUAAGGCUGCUCGCAUUCCUCCUGUGCGCUUUCCUCCAUCUCCAAACCAGCAGUGGCCCAUCGGGGUCUUCUCAUGCUUCAGAUCUCUCUGCCUUCCUCCUGUUUUAAGGUUCAUGUGAUUAGAUCACGGUUCAUGUGUGAGAUAGUGUCCCUAUUUAAGGUCAGCUGUGCCAUAGAAUGUAAUCACAGAAGUGAUAUAUUUACAGGUUUCUGGGGUUGGGGCAUGAAAAGAGAGAAGGGCAUUUUAGAAUUCUACCUCCCACAGGCAAUAGCUUUGCAGCUUGUGCUGUGGGUAGAAUUUUAUCCUGAAAAGGUGAGCCCUAGAAGUCUGGUGUGUUUUCUCCAUGGAAAAGAACAGCCCUCAGCUGCACCAUUCAACUUGUGUGUUUACUGAAUGGACUACAGAAAUAGCUUUUCUUCCUAAAGGGGAUUGUUCUGUAUUUUAAGUUAUUUUUUAAUAAAAUUGAAUUACGUCGUGUAUUGUGCUUCUUAAUAGAAAAUGCAUUGUUGGACUGUUUUUGUAAUUUCCUCUUUAUUGCAAAUGAAACAUGAUAUAGCUGGUAUUGUUCAAAAACAGUAGAAAAUACUUUUGUAUAUAUUGGCAAUGUCUAAUUUGUAUAUACUUCAUUUAAAUUCCCUAAAACUUAAAAGGGAGGCCUUGUAGAAAUUAAACUAUAUACUUAGUCUA